CUAAGUAGUGUUGCGGCAUAAAGCAGUACAAAUAGGGACAGUAACAGACUUCUGGAGCACGUAAUACAGGCUUGAAACACGAUGGUAAGUGCUUUUGUUUGUUUCAAACGCAAAUUUAGUGUCGUUUGCUGCUCGUGCGCGCGCGCGCGUGGCACCACUGUGACAAGAUUUGCGUCACUCGUUCUUUUCAGUCCAGUGGUUCAGGCAGAGGCAGAGGGCCGGGCUCGGGAGAUAAGGGAGGGAGUGGUAUGGGACUCUGCUACAGCUCGCUGUUGUCUCAAGCCCAACCUAAGCUAGCAAGAAGAAUAGUGCCAGCUGACAACUCGUGCCUCUUCAGGAGCAUCAGUUACCUGAUCACAAACGACACGGAUUCGCCGUCAGAGCUGCGCCAGUUGGCGGCCGGGAUUAUUCUGUCUAAUCCUCAUCGAUACUCGUCUGUGGUGUUGGGGAAGGAGAGGCAGGAGUACGUGGAAUGGCUACUGAGAGAUGAAUCUUGGGGAGGAGCAAUAGAGCUAUCGGUACUAAGUGAGCACUAUAAAGUUGAGCUGGAUGUGGUGGACAUACAGAGCCAGAGAAUCGAUCGUUUUGGUGAAGGUGCAGGGUUCAGGGACAGAGCCCUGCUGAUAUACGACGGCAUUCACUACGAUCCUCUGGUCAUGGAGGGAGUGGGCGGGGCCGGCGGUCAGAGAAUGUUCCCCGUGAGCGACGCAAGGAUUCUGGAGAAGGCUUCUCAGCUGGCGAGAGAAGCAUUUCAGGCUCGUCAGUACACGGACGUUGCGAAAUUUUCUCUCAAGUGCCUGGCAUGUGGGACUGGUCUACAGGGACAGUCUGAGGCACAGAGACACGCAAUGGAGACCGGUCACAUCAACUUCGGAGAAGUAUAGCCAAACAUGAACUAACAACAACAUCCCUUCUUCUGUGUUAUGCUCCAAAUCACUUCCGAAUCUUGUGUUAAUCUGGUUUAUUACUCUUUCUUCACUAUCUCCCUUCAGAAACUGC